AUGCCGCCUAAAAAGAGUCUGCAAGCUACCCUUGAGGAUCACAACGAGGCUUUUAGGGCUUUAAUGGUGGAGUUUCAACAGAAUUUGAGUAACUCGAUGCAAGCUACUAUGGAAGCUGCGGUGCGAACACUUGUGCAAGCGCAACAAAACGCUGCUCCUAAUCGACGGGAUCCUGUCAUCGAUGCUGAAGACGACGAAGACGAAAACAUCUUUGCUGAUGAGUUUGUUCAACACGGUGAACAAAACCAGCAGGGAAUUCAUCGCCGGCGUGAUCUUAUUGCCGCGCCCCGUGAAGAUAAUCGAAGAUGGGAGUCUGGUUUCAAACUUGACUUGCCUGAAUUCACCGGUGGAAAUCAACCUGAAGAAUUUCUUGAUUGGAUCAACACAACGGAAGAGCUGCUCGACUUUAAGGAGGUCCCUGAUCCGAUGCAUGUGUCUCUUGUUGCAACGCAUUUUCGUGGACGAGCUUCUGCGUGGUGGCAACAGUUGAAGGAAUCACGAGCUCGCGCAGGGAAGGAACGUGUCUCGUCUUGGGAAAAAUUAAAGAAGUUAAUGCGGAAGGCUUUUUUCCCGGAAGUCGUUCGGUUGAUGACUAUGCUGCUGAAUUUUUUCUCUUUGUUGGCUCGGAAUACGUUAAACGAGAAUGAAGAACAGCGAUUCUCUCGCUUCAUCAGUGGUUUACGACAAUCCAUUCAGAGUUCGCUCCUGAAAUUUGAUCCUUUAUCGGUAUCAGAAGCGCAUCAACAUGCUGUUCUGAUUGAGAAACAUGCGAGGGGCCAAUCCUCUUCUUGGAAUUCACAACGUACACGCCUCAACUCAGCAACUGAAUCUGGCCUGACAAAAUCGCUAGACUCGGUUAAAAUUUCAGACAAUACGGAGGGUAUUCUUGCCCCGAGUUCACAACGAACAGCCACAUUCAAGUGCUUUAAGUGUGGAGAAACGGGGCAUCGUCAAUCUGCCUGCCCUCAAGUACAUCAUCGUGGUCUCUUAGCUAAAGAUGAAACUGUGUUUGAUGAGUAUGGUGAUGAUGAAGAUGUUAUCGAUGAUUCAGAGGAAUGUGUGGUUGGUGAUGUGGGUCCUUUGUUAAUGUUGCGUUGCAACUACCUUAUUCCUCAGGGCAUUGAAGAAUCUUGGCUUCGUACCAACAUUUUUCAAUCGACCUGUACGAUUCGCGGUAAGGUCUGUCGUCUGGUUAUUGAUUCUGGAAGCUGCACGAAUGCUAUUUCUGAAGAGGCUGUCGCGAAGCUUGCGUUGUUCACCGAGCCUCAUCCUUCUCCGGAUAAGAUCGCGUGGCUCAAUUCAAAGACGGAUAUUCAUAUUUCCAAGCGCUGUCGAGUUCUGUUUUCCAUUGGCCUCAACUACAAAGAUCUCAACUGCUGCGAUGUCUUGCCGAUGGAUGCGUGUCACAUACUCUUGGGGUGUCCGUGGCAAUAUGACUGA